GGCUGGAGCUGCUUUUUUUUUUGGUUAGCUUCUCUCAACUUCAAACCAGAGGUAGGAAGGAACAGCCGAAGCAUAGGGAGAUCUGGCUCUGUCCGCCGAUUUUUGAUCUGCUCGUGAAUCGAGGAACGAGGCAAUGGACAAAGGCAAAGCAGUGAUGGGUUCCGGUCGGAGAUGGGCCAUAGAUUUCACCGAUCACUCCACUGUUCCAUCUUCCCGCGACAUCCUCGAUCCUCCUGGUUUCUCUCGUGCUUCUCCCGAACAGGAUGAUUCAGCAUCCAGCCGCCAAAAGAAAGACGCUGAAGCGAAUUGGAAGCUUCAGAAAGCCUGGGAAGUGGCGCAAUCUCCUUUCAGGAACUUGAUGAUGAUGGGUUUCAUGAUGUGGAUGGCUGGGAACACCGUGCAUCUGUUUAGCAUCGGCAUCACAUUCUCGGCUCUGUGGCAGCCUAUCAGUGCCCUCCAAAGCGUUGGAAAGAUUUUUGAGCCAUUCAAGGAUAACAAGGUGGAACUGCUUAUGCCUAAAUUAGUCUUUAUCGCCCUUAAUCUUGGAGGAUUAGCUUUGGGUAUCUGGAAGCUGAACACUCUGGGACUUCUCCCAACACAUGCAUCAGACUGGGUUUCAUCUUUACCCCCUCCUCAGGAGGUUGAACACUCAGGAGGAGGAAUCACUUUUCAUUGAUUGAUCUUGCUUCUCUUUGUGUAUUGUGGAAGAGUCUCAUAAGCCGUGAGAGAACGUCGAUAGACAUUAAGGGAUUUGUUCAACCCGCUCUCAUGCGGGUGUUGUUGGCCAUAAAACACUGAAUCAAUUGCUUUUAAUUCGUGAUCGUUGUAGCUUAGCUUCUAAAUGGAGAAAACUAUAGUCACUUUCCUUGCGAUGUAACAUUGUUCACCUUGACUAUUUAUAGUAUGGUGUAUUAUUGCGCUGUGGGCAUAUAAAGGAACCAUUCUAGUGUGUCA